UAAAAAUGGCUGCGUCGGACCUUUCAGCAGCAUCCAAAACAAACAUCCCAGAGUAUGAAAUUGCGGAUGUUAACUCUAAACCUUUCCAUAUCGGCUCGUUCAGAAACGAAUGGCUAAACAGAUUGGACCCGAACAGUUAUUCAUACGCAAAUGUGGACGAGGAAGCGUUUGAAGACAACUUUGUGAAGGAGAUGGGCAUCAGUGCGGACACCAUGACUGAACUCAAGUCAACAUGCAGCAUUGAUUCACUUCGCUGUCAUCCUGUGGAUCAACCUCCAGACACAGAAGUCGUACCUCCAGACCCGACACUGAAAACCUUAAUACAAAGGAAAGAGAGACAAGAUUACAGAUCUUCUUUAAAAAUCAGCAAGAAUAGACAUGACCUCUAUGCAGAUGAACUGGAUCGAGUAACUGUUACUGAUCAAGUAAAGGCAGAAGCAGCGGAUACCAUAGUCCCCGAGGGAGAAGUCAUUCUCUCCAUCAAUGUCUACUACCCAGCUACUUUUGAUAAAUUUAACUACGUCAGACCCCAUAUGACCCUCCUCAUGUUGGGCUGUCACACCCUGGCAGAGCUCAGGGAUGCCAUUUGCUGUGUCAGCGAUCUGCAAGUAUUUGGAGAGUUUAGUAGCAAUCCAGACAUGGUUCCAGACUUUAUCAGCAAGGAUCACUACAAGUCUGCUUUCUUCUUCUUCGAAGGAGUGUUUUAUAACGAUAUGCGAUUCCCAGAGUGUCAGGACAUUAGCAUGACAACCAUUGAAUGGGCAAAGGCUUGUAACGCUCCACCCUACAGCAAAGCCAAGAUGGAGGACACCCGGCUUGUGGAUUUGAAAAUUAAAGUGGGCUACCCGUACCUGUACUGUCACCAGGGAGACUGUGAACACCUUGUCAUCAUCACAGACAUCAGAUUGACCCAUAAGAAUGACUGCCUGAACAAGACGCUCUACCCUGUUCUAACCCACAAAGACAGGCUCAUGACACAGAAAUGCGCCGUCUGUCAUCUCUACAUUGGCAGGUGGUUUACAACCAACGACAACUUUGCUCCGAGUGACCCUUGUCUUUUCUGCAACAAGUGUUUCCGGAUGCUGCACUAUGACACAAAAGGAAACAAACUGGGAGAUUUCCAGGCUUAUCCCUAUGUGGACCCUGGUGCUUUCAACUAAGGUGUUUCUACAGUAAAACCGCCCACAUCAGUGGCUUUAUGCUGUAUAAUACAGCGAGUUGUUUCAUUUUUGUUAAAUAAAAAAAAAUUAUCCUUUGAAAAAGUUUUUCUACAUUUGAUAACGCUUUAUGAAUGAAGUAGAUUAUUUAUGCUGGCUGUGAAUUCUUUUGAGACACUUUGUUUACUUAAAUUUAUGAAUCAUUUACUGAAAAGGCAGAAGAACAAUAUAGUUGUCAAAACUCAAGUGAAUAAAAGAAAUAAAAUCCAGUUCUGUCUGAUGUGAAAUAAAGCAGCAGAUGUUCAUACCUCA